AUGGAUCUAACGGACCGUCGCAACCCUUUCAACAAUCUAGCUUUUCCACCGCCGCCCCCGCCUCGAUCCACCACCUUCACAAGCCCUCUUUUCCCAAGAUCAAGCUCUUCCGCCACGAGUUUUCCCAUUCUCGCCGUCGCAGUGAUAGGAAUCUUAGCCACUGCAUUCUUGCUUGUAAGCUACUACGUCUUCGUGAUCAAAUGCUGUCUUAACUGGCACCAAAUCGACAUCUUUCGCCGCAGAAGACGAAGCAGUGACCAAAACCCUCUAAUGAUAUACUCUCCUCACGAGCUAAACCGAGGUCUCGACGAGUCCGCCAUCAGAGCUAUCCCAAUCUUCAAGUUCAAGAAGAGAGGCGUUGUUCAAGGAGAAGAAGAUCAGGACAAGAGCUCCCAAGAAUGUUCUGUUUGUUUAAAUGAGUUUCAAGAAGACGAGAAGCUGAGGAUUAUUCCUAAUUGCUGCCACGUGUUUCACAUUGAUUGCAUUGAUAUUUGGCUUCAGGGCAACGCGAAUUGUCCCUUGUGCAGAACCAGCGUUUCUUGGGACGCAAGUUACUCUCUUGACCUAAUCUCUGCACCGAGUUCUCCACCUAGGAACAGGAAUCUGUUGGAAUAA